AUGAAUGCAGAAUUGAAGAGUAUUAGUAGUUCAUUACCAUUAUCGUCACCACCAAUAUCACUAAACUCAUGUAAUUCAAAUUUAAAUUGUUCAAUUUCUGAAAUUGUGGGGACAUCAGCUAAAUCAUAUCAACAAUUCACCGUUCAAGAUAAUUUAAUUGCAUAUUUAUCAAGUGGAGGAGUAGUAAUGUGUGAAAUAAAAGAAAAAGAAGUGAUUAGUCAAAGAUUCUUUAGCUCAAACAUCAACUUCAACUUUGACUCAGAGAGACAAGAAAGAGACAAUUAUGGAUAUUUAAUCAAUUCUGAACCUAUUGAAAUUUAUGGUCCUUCAUAUACCAAAGAACCAGAAGAUAACUCACCGUCAAAAUUAAAAGAUAAAGUCUCAAUACGAUCAAUCAACUGCAUUACAGUAAGUAAAAAUAAGAAAUUGCUUGCAAUUGGAGAAAUAGGAUAUCUGCCGCGUAUCUUAAUAUUUAGUCUAGCUUCAAAUUCGACUAAUAAUCCAGUUGUCAUUAUCCAUCAUCAUUCAUUUGGUAUAAACAUGCUUGAGUUCUCACCAGAUUCAAAAUAUUUAACAAGUUUAGGAAUAGUAAAUGAUGGAUUUAUAAAUGUUUGGAAGAUUGGUAAUAAUGUUAAUACCACGAGUUUACAUUCUUCAAAUAAGUGUUCAAAUGUGAUUAAUAGAAUGGUAUGGCAUGAAGAAUAUAUUUAUACUUUUGGGUUACGAUUUAUUAAAAUUUGGAAAUUUGAAAAUCAUAAUGAAGGAAAACAACAGAUCUUGAAGGGGAAAAAUGUAUUGCUUGGUAACUGGAUUAAUUCAAAUUUUGUUGAUUGUUGUGUUUUGAAUGAGGAGGAGAUAUUAUUAUUGACUAGUUUGAAUCAAUUAAUUUUAUUGAAAUGUAACUAUGAUGCUCCAGAGUUAAUACAAUUAGAUAAUCCAAUCGACGAAGAUAUUAAUACUAUUGUUUUGGAUGGAGAGAAUGAAAAGAUCUAUUGUGGGUUAAAGAAUCAUAAAAUUAAAGGGUUUAAAAUUGAUGAAUUGAAGGAAACUACGAGACCUACUUCAGCUAGUAAUGGAAAGUUAGUGACUCUGCCAUUUAAAGAAUCACAGCAAAAGUCAAUUAUAAGUAUGAAGAAUUUUUUGAGGUCAAGUUUGGUUUAUUUGAAUGAUAUUGAAGAAAUUAAAUUUAUAAAUAAGGAAGAUUUAGUAGAGAAAGUGUUGACUACUUCAUUACUUAAAGAUAUAAAUGGAGUUAAACAUUCAUAUACAAAGGAAUAUUUAAUAUUUUCAAAGAGUGGGUCAGUUAAGGAAUUGAACAUGGAAUGUAUUUCAAAAGUGGAAAAUGUUGUUGACUUUAAAUUACCUAAUAAUGAAGUAAUAUCAAAUACGUUAACAGCAGUUGAGGAAUAUGAAGAAGAUCAUGUUGUAUUAGGGGACAGACAUGGUAAUUUAUACAUUGUAAAAUUAACAGAAUUGUCAUAUGAUGUUAUAUUUCAGAUUAAAGCACAUUCAUCAACUAUAAAUGAUAUUACAUACUUCAAAGUAGAAAAUAUUGAAAUUAUAGUCUCAAUUUCACGAGAUCGAAUGAUUCAAAUAUUUACGAAUUUGAAGAAUGAUUGGAAUUUACUACAAACUAUACCUAUCCAUAAUGGAAACUUAUUAAAAUUGAUUCAUCAUGAUAGUAAAAUCUACGUAUCAUCAUCUGAUAAAACCAUAUCGGUCCAUAAAUUUACAAUACAAGAUAAUCAAAUGAAUGUAAUUCAAGAAAAGAUCAUAACUUUAAAAUCAAUACCAAUAGACAUGAAAAUUUAUGAUAUUGAAUUAGUGAUAUCUACAAUGGAAAAGAAUCUAUACAUUUACGAUACUUCUUCAUUUGAAAUUAAAAGACAAUUUAAGUAUUACAAUGAUGUUAAUGAAAGUAUCUCAAUUGAUACAUUCAUCAAAUAUAAAAAUUUAUUAAUCAUUUGGCUGACUUCAGACAAAUCAUUCAGAAUGUAUGAUUAUUUCACAGGUAAAUCAAAUGGAGUAUUUUAUGGACAACAAGCAUCUAAUUUAGGUUUAUUUAUGAUUGAUGAAAAGAUAAUUUCAAUUGGAAAUGAUGGUUGUUUAUUUUCAUGGUGUCUAAAUGCCCACAAAGAAGAAGAGAAGAAACAAGUAGAUGAAGAAGAAGUUAAGGAAGCUGUUACUCCAAUCUUAAUGGAAGCCAAAGUUGCAAGAAAGAUAAUUCCAACUCAAUUUCCAAGUACGUCCCCAAGUAAAAGCGACAAAAUACCAAUUCAACCAUGUUCUUCACCUCCUAGAUUAUCAACAGCAACAUUAAAACGAAUAGAAAGUAGAAAUUCAUCACCUACCAGAACUCAAACUCAAGCUUCACCAAGUAGAUCACCAAGUCGAGCUAAUAAUUUGAACACACCUACUUUGUUACCUAGUGGUAAACCAACAUUGAAUAUAACUACUCAAUCACCAAGUAGUAGACCAUCCAGUAGAGCUGGCCAUUUGAACUCACCUACUUUACCACCAAGUAGUAGAUUAAAUAAUUUACAAUCACCUUUGAAAUCUUCACCAAAUAGAACUACAAAUAUAUCAAGACGACCAAUGGUAUUACAACUGCCGCAAUCACGACCAAAUACAGCUAAAUCAAACAUAUUUACAAAAUUAGAUGAAUUGAAGAAGGAGAUUAUGUAUUUAAAUGAAGAUGAGAAAAUGUUAACGAAGAGUAAGUUAUUAGAUAUUGUUCAUUUAAUAGAUGAUAAAGAAAACUACAAAGAGAGUGAAAUAUUAGAAAAGUAUAGUGAUAAAUUAGUCAGUAUGUUUCAAGAGAAACUAUCAAUGGAGCUAAAUAAUAAAUAA